UGAUUGCGUCGAUUCGCCGUUACUUCGCAUCUGCUUCCUUCUUUCUUCCAAUUUGCCUCCUCUCAUUUUUCAUAAACUAGUAUAAAAACGACGCCCACCCAUCUUCAUUUUGCUUCAUCUCCGACAAUUCACAAGCAUAACACCAUUCAACAUUUCGCUACAAUGGCUUCCAUGAAUCCUUCUUCAGCUCUCUCCCGUCCUUUGGCAUGCAAAAACUUCAAACUUUUCAAUGCAACUCCCUUGAUACAGCUAGCUGGUAAAUCAUCCAUUAGUAUCAAGGGUAUUGGCAAGAGUAGAGCUAUGCUGGUAUCAGGAAAAGGUGGCCUCUUCUCUUAUCCCAUUGGCCAUGACCUUGCAACCAAUAGUGCUUUAGUUGAUGAUCAAUCAGUUGGGAUUGAGGUACAGCCUGAUGUGAUAGCAUUGGAAGCCCUUGCUGCAGAUACUGCCCCCACAACUAUUGGGUUUCCUAUUGAUACUGAUGAAUUUGAUUUGGAUUCUCCCACAGAAGGUUUUUCUUCUAUACCUGAGGCCAUUGAAGACAUUCGCCAAGGAAAGCUUGUUGUGGUUGUUGAUGAUGAAGAUAGAGAAAAUGAAGGAGAUCUAAUAAUGGCAGCUCAAUUGGCAACACCUGAAGCUAUGGCAUUUAUUGUAAAACAUGGAACUGGAAUAGUUUGUGUCAGCAUGAAAGGAGAAGAUUUGGAGAGGUUAAACCUUCCUCUGAUGGUAUCACAAAAAGAAAAUGAGGAGAAGCUUUGUACUGCAUUUACUGUCACUGUGGAUGCAAAACAUGGAACAACCACAGGGGUGUCAGCUCAUGAUAGGGCAACAACUGUAUUAGCUCUUGCUUCUGGGGACUCAAAACCUGAGGAUUUCAACAGGCCAGGCCAUAUUUUUCCUCUGAAAUACAGGGAGGGAGGUGUUUUAAAAAGAGCUGGACAUACAGAAGCUUCUGUUGAUCUCACCAUGCUAGCUGGAUUAGACCCUGUCGGAGUUCUGUGUGAGGUUGUGGAUGAUGAUGGUUCUAUGGCUAGAUUACCAAAGCUUCGUGAAUUUGCAAGGCAGGAAAACUUGAAAAUUAUAUCGAUUGCUGAUUUAGUAAGGUAUAGGAGGAAGAGAGAUAAAUUAGUAGACCGUUCUUCAGCUGCAAGGAUACCUACAAUGUGGGGGCCAUUUACAGCUUACUGUUAUAGAUCAAUCUUAGAUGGAAUUGAGCAUAUUGCAAUGGUGAAGGGUGAUAUUGGGGAUGGUCAAGAUAUUCUUGUAAGGGUACAUUCUGAAUGCCUUACUGGAGAUAUAUUUGGGUCAGCCAGAUGUGAUUGUGGUAAUCAACUUGCACUUGCAAUGCAGCAGAUUGAGGCUGCUGGUCGGGGUGUCUUAGUUUACCUCCGUGGGCAUGAGGGAAGGGGCAUUGGCUUAGGUCAUAAGCUUCGUGCUUAUAACUUACAGGAUGAUGGGCGUGAUACAGUAGAAGCAAAUGAAGAACUGGGGUUGCCUGUUGAUUCACGAGAAUACGGCAUUGGUGCACAGAUACUAAGGGAUCUGGGUGUUCGAACAAUGAAGCUGAUGACGAACAACCCUGCAAAGUACAUUGGACUCAAGGGUUAUGGGUUAGCUAUUGUGGGAAGGGUUCCCCUGAUAACUCCCAUCACAUCAGAGAAUAAGAGAUAUCUGGAGACUAAACGAGCUAAAAUGGGGCAUGUGUAUGGAUUACAAUUGAAUGGCCCCUUAAACAGUCUCAUUAGCAGUGGUGGUAAUGAUAAACCAAGCUGUGCUUCAUCAUCUGAUACUGUGUCCAACUCAUAGGCCAGUCUUAUUGUUUCCAACCCAAUAGUUGGAUUGUGAAACGAGGAUGAACUCUGACACGAAAGAAGGCAGAAUAGCAUUUUAAACUGAUUAAAGUUGCAAAGAUUCGUUCAUCUCUGUUAUUUUUUAGUCCAGAUUCAAUAUUGUAUUGAUAAUACUGUAAUAGUGUUGUUGAGAUUACUGAAGAAGAGCGAUUCAUUCAUUUUCUCUAUUAAUGUAGACUGGAUACAAGAAAUCAAAUUUGUUGAAUUUGGGUUAUCCCUGAUGGGGGCAUAUUUCGUCA